UUUUGAACGAAGUCGAUUUCUUCGUGUCGAAACAGGCGGUAAAAAACGAACAGAAGGAAAAGGGCGCAAAAAGAAACCCAGUUCUAGGGUUUUGUUUUUUCUUUGAUUUUCAACCCAAUCGAAUUGAUGAGAUGACAAUUCCCUAACUCCCAAUUACCUGAGUUCCUAUACCCUCCUGCUUAUCCACUCUCCAUCAGAUUCCUCCGCUACGGGAAGUUUCGUAUUCUACAUGGUUGGGCUGAUCGGAAGCUCAGCUUGCCAAAUUCUUCGGGGGGUGUAUGGCAUUCCGAUUGCUUUGGACGGAGUGGCUUUCCUCGCAGCAGACAGAAAGCUGGGUUCUUGAUGAUUAUGUCUGGAAGAAAUCGAGGACCACCGAUGCCACUAAAUGGUGUGCCUCACGGUGGACUACCACCUGGUCGCGAACCUCAUUUUGGCAGAGGCCUUGGGCCAGUGCCACAUCCAGCGCUUCUUGAGGAAAUCAGAGAAUCACAGUAUGGGAUGCAUCCAGGAUCCCUUCCUCCACACCCUGCAAUGAUCGAGGAGCGUCUUGCUGCCCAACAUCAGGAUAUCCAAGCUCUUCUUCUCGACAACCAGAGGCUAGCUGCCACCCAUGUUGCUCUUAAGCAGGAACUAGAAGCAGCCCAGCAUGAGUUGCAACGCAUGGCUCAUGUUGCUGACUCCUUGCAUGAAGAAAGGGACAUUCAGAUGAGAGAAUUAUAUGAAAAAUCAGUAAGACUAGAAGUUGAUCUGCGAGGAGUUGAGACUAUGCGAGCAGAGCUUCUUCAAGUUCAUUCUGAUGUCAAGGAAUUAACUGUUGCAAGGCAGGAGCUCACUGGUCAAGUACAAGCAAUGUCACAAGAUCUAACUAGAAUGACUGCAGAUUUGCAGCAGGUCCCCGCUUUGAAGGCAGAAAUUGAAACUGUGAAGCAGGAAUUACAUCGUGCUAGAGUUGCAAUUGAGUAUGAAAAGAAGGGAUAUGCAGAGAAUUAUGAACACGGUCAGGUUAUGGAGAAGAAACUGGUUUCAAUGGCUCGGGAGUUGGAGAAACUUAGAGCUGAGGUUGCUAAUGCAGAGAAGAGAGCUCAUGCUUCUGCUGCUGCUGUUGGAAAUGCUGCUGCUGGGUACGGUACAAAUUAUGGCAAUGCUGAUGCUGGAUAUGCGGGAAAUCCAUAUUCUUCGAGUUAUGGCUUGAACUCCGUGCAGUCUGGUACCGAUGGUUAUCCUCCAUAUGGACCUGGAUCUGUUCCCUGGGGUGCAUAUGACAUGCAACGGGCUCAAGGACAUAGAUAGACUGAUGAAUUAUGUCCUGCUAAGAUGUUUCUUGUGGAGGGCUUGAGGUUCAAAUCACAAAGCAUUGAUAAUUAGGUUUGUGGGUCUUCCAUGAUCGGCUUAAUUUAUGGCUAUGAACCGAUUUCAGUGUGUACUAAGGUCGUAUGAAAAUGGCAGUGGGAGCUGAACUCCAAAAUCCUCCAUCUGAAGUCAGUUUAGCUCGUGGCUUGAACAAUCAACAAUUUGUUCCAUCUUAGGAAGCUAUCAAAUACUCUUCCUGGCAUAAGUCUUUACCAACUAGCAGUACAUCAUUCAGUGUGUUGGUUGGCUGGCUUUGCACCCUGCUCUCUCUGGCAUGGAUCGUGUUGCUGUUCGACAAAACUGGUUUCGCCGAGUUUAAUUCAACCAAACCCACCCCUGCAGUUAAGUUGGCUGAAUAACAGCAGAGCCCGCCUGCACUUGGGGUGCGCCUACAGCCCUCCAUCACGCAAAUAUCAGUGUAUGCCACAGCUUAAGAUAUACUUUGUAUGUAUUCUACUCUGAAUUCUUACUUCAACUUAUGAAUCAGAUGCAAAUAUCUAUUAGGUGACUAAUAGUACACCUAAUUAUAAAAUGAUGUGGCGUUUUUAAUUUCUAUUUGUUCCUAUAUAUAUAUAUAUAUCAUCUCUAUUGUAGCA